AUGCUUCCUCGAGUUUCCCUCGUUCUAUUUGCCCUUUUGGCCACAGCAAAUGCCUCGCCCGCACGAGCCGACAAGAGGAACCCGCCGCCGGACCCCGCAAAGCCCGCCGAGUGCAAACCGACGACGAUUACUGAGCACGUCACGCAGACGCAGCACGUCACCAAGGAGGUGAACCACACGCUCCCGCCCCAGACGGUCGAGAAGACGCUGCCUCCGAAGACGGUGGAAAAGACGCUGCCGCCGACGACGGUCGAGAAGACGGUCCACGUCACCCAGACCGCCACCAAGACGCUCCCGCCGCACACCGUCCAUGUAACCCAGACCGCCACCAAGACGGUCCACGUGACGCAGACGCAGACUCAGACCAAGGUCGAGACGAAGGAGGUCACCAAGACCCUGCCGCCCCAGACGGUUCACGUGACCCAGACCGCCAUCAAGACGGUGGUCUCGACCAAGGUUGAGAAGAAGGAGGUCAUCAAGACCCUCCCUCCCUCGACCGUUGUGUCAACCAGGGAGGUCGUCAAGACCCUGCCUCCCCAGACGGUGCACGUCACGAAAACGCAGACCAAGGAGGUGGUCAAGACCGUGCCGGUCACCCAGGUCAAGGAGAAGAUUGUUACGCAGACCAAGGAGGUUGUGAAGACGGUGCCUGUCACUCAGGUCAAGGAAAAGAUCGUUACGCAGACUAAGGAGGUGGUCAAGACCGUGCCUGUUACGCAGGUCAAGGAGAAGACGGUGACGCAGACCAAGGAUGUCGUCAAGACGGUGCCUGUCACUCAGGUCAAGGAAAAGAUUGUCACCCAGACCCGCGAUGUCGUCAAGACCGUCCCGGUCGUCUCCACCCAGGUCAAGGAGGUUGUCAAGACGGUCGUCUCGACGGUGCCCAAGGAGGUUGUGCGCACCGUCACCUCUACUCAGCAGGGCUCGCCCGUCCACGUCACCAAGGAGGUCGUCCGCACAGUGACGCAGGCUGGUGCCCCGGUUACCGUCACCCAGGCCGUCACUCACGCCGUGACCCAGACCAAGGAGGUCGUCCGCACCGUCACCGAGUCUGCCCAGGUCGCCCCGGCCCCGAACGUCCCUCCCACGACUGUGACCAAGGAGAUGAUCCGCACCGUGACGCAGACUGGCGCCCCGGUUACCGUCACUCAGACGCACGCCGGCGCCCCUGUUACCGUUACUUACACGCAGGCCGGCGCACCGGUUACUGUCACACAGACGCAGGCUGGCGCUCCCGUCACCCAGACCAAGGAGGUCAUCAAGACCGUUACUUACACACAGGCCGGCGCGCCGGUUACUGUGACCCAAACGCACGCCGGCGCACCGGUUACCGUUACUUACACCCAGGCCGGCGCUCCUGUCACCCAGACCAAGGAGGUCAUCAAGACCGUUACUUACACCCAGGCCGGCGCGCCGGUUACUGUGACCCAGACGCACGCCGGUGCCCCUGUGACUGUCACAUACACCCAGGCCGGCGCCCCUGUGACUGUGACCCAUACUCAAGCUGGCGCCCCUGUUACCGUUACUUACACUCAGGCCGGCGCGCCGGUUACCGUGACCCAGACUCACGCCGGUGCCCCUGUUACCGUUACUUACACACAGGCCGGAGCACCGGUUACUGUCACCCAGACGCACGUCGGUGCUCCCGUGACUGUUACUUACACACAGGCUGGCGCUCCCGUCACCCAGACCAAGGAGGUCGUCAAGACCGUUACCGAAUCUGCUCAAGUUGCCCCGGCACCGAAUGUCCCGCCCUCUACUGUCACCAAGGAGGUCCCCGUACAUGUGACCGUCACCCAGUCUGGCCAGGCCGUCGAGAAGACAGUUACGAAGGAGGUCCCCGUACAUGUGACCGUCACCCAGUCUGGCCAGGCCGUCGAGAAGACAGUCACGAAGGAGGUCCCCGUCCACGUCACCGUCACCUACCAGGCCCAGGCCAGCGAGAAGACCGUCACCAAGGAGGUUCCCGUGCAUGUGACCGUUACCAAACACGGUCAGGCCGUCGAGCGUACCGUCACGUCGAUCCACAAGGUCGUCCACACCGUCACCCAGGGCGGACAGAACCAGAUUCACACCGUCGUCCACACCGUCCAGGUGCCCGUUGUGCACACCAGCGUCGUUACCCAGCACGUUCCUGCCCCGGCACAGACCGUCACGGUUACCGUUGGAGCCGGCCACGCAGCUCCCUCUUCCCCCGUUUCGCCGCCCAAGGUCAUCAUUCCGGUCCAUGGCGCCCGACCUCCUGUGGUUGUCGUGCCGCCCCAGCACUCGGCUCCUCCGCCCGCGGCCUCGCACUCCAUGCCGCCCCCGGCCGCCUCGUCUUCUGUCCACAUGCCACCACCGCCCAUGCACUCGGCUCCUCCGCCCGCGGCCUCGCACUCCAUGCCGUCCCCGGCCGCCUCGUCGUCUGUCCACAUGCCACCACCGCCCAUGCACUCGGCUCCUCCGCCCGCGGCCACACACUCCAUGCCGCCCCCGGCCGCGGCACCGAUCAUGCCCCACGAGCCAGCCUCGCCCGCCGCAUCAUCGAUGCCGCAUCCUUCGGCGCCCUCCGCCGCUCCGUCCUCGCCCGAGGCCGCACACUCCUCCGCAGCCGCACCGGCCGCAGAGGGCACCCCAGCUCCACCGAAGAGAAUGGCCCGGAGAUAUUCGGCGUAG